CGCUACUAUAGAGCACAUCAGCGCCACACAUCGUGCCAAACGACUGUAAGCAUUCUGAUUUGAAAUGUCAGAGCCAUGCCAGCUAUCCAGCACGUUGCUCUGAAGUCGAUCCAGAUUUGACAGCGGUUAAUGAACCUAUCAUUCAGAGCCGCUGAGACGGGGCUGCCACCGCUGUGUUGGCCCCACUAGUGAGCAUUUAGCACCGGGAUUUAAAAAAAAAAAAAAAAAAAGGGCCCCUCCCUCCUCAAUACUGGUGUUAUUGAUCAGCUGAGGGAAAGAAGCAGGCCAAUAAGUGGAUCAGAUUUAUUAGAUUUCCAUCUUGCCAGAAGUCAGAGGAGCUACAGUCUGCAGGGCUGCACACCGAGCAGGUCACUUCGAGGAGCGCGAGCCUGCGUGUCUACAAGUGCGGCAUCAUCUCAAGUGGAAGGGGAAGUUAAACCUGCACGAUGGAGCUGGUCAAACUUGCAGUGUCCUUGCACAUUUUUCUGUGUCCUGCGUGGGCUCUACCCCGUCACUCCUACAUGGACAGCAUCCUGUCAGCACACUCAGUUCUCGGCUUGCUGGAUGAGCCGGUGAGGUUUGACCCCUGCUGCCUCAUGUCAGCCCCUCCGCCACCACUCUUCCCUCCUCCGCCUCAGCUGUGGAAGCGGGGCAUCCCCGUAAGUCACACAUGCAUAAAUACAUCCCAUUUACACUUGUGUAAUCUCACAGUGGAUCACUUCCUUAACUUCCUAUUUUUCUUUGAAUUUAUGUUUCAAAAGGACGGUAUAAGCGUCUUAGAGCCGAGUGUUUUUGGAGAAAGAAUACCGGAAAAACAAAAACCUGAGACACCUGGGUGUUCACCUGGACCUCCAGGACCUCCAGGACCCGAGGGGCCUGAGGGUCAAAGCGGAUUACCAGGCAUUAGAGGACCAAAGGGGGAGAAGGGAGAAAUUGGACGUCCCGGGUUGAAGGGUCGUACAGGGGCUCCAGGCCUCCCAGGGAAACCAGGUCUACAAGGAUGGCCUGGUCCAGAGGGACCAAAGGGUGAAAAGGGGGAUCCAGGACUCAUGGGAUUACCAGGACUGAGGGGACCACCUGGAACAAAAGGUUUGCCUGGUUACAAAGGAGAGAAGGGGACUCGUGGAGACCCUGGAGCAGCAGGACCAAAGGGCGAUAAGGGCUCCAUUGGUUUGCCUGGGAUGCUUGGACAGAAGGGUGAACAGGGACCAAAGGGAGAGCCAGGAAACUCAGGGAAGAGAGGACCUUCUGGACGGCCUGGGAAGAGAGGCAAGCAGGGCAUGAAAGGCCACAGUGGAACACCAGGAGUUAUGGGACCCCCAGGACCCGCUGGUCCGAACGGACAUCCCGGGCCACCUGGUCCACCUGCCUCAGGUCUAUAUCUGGUGGGGGAAAAGGGAGAGAAGGGUGUUCCAGGUCCAGCAGGUCGUUGUGACUGUGAUUCUACCCAUGGUGCUAACAAUGCUCCUUUUGGAAGCUACACACAGCGGACUGGUCCUAACAAAGUCCCUGCAAUAUUUGUUGUAAACAGUGAGGAGGAGAUGGAAAAUCUGCAACUGGACAAUGCAAUAGCAUUCAGGAAAGAUCAGAAGAUGCUCUAUUUCAAAGAUAAAGAUGGAUGGAAGCCCAUUCAGCCCUUCCAGCCGUUCCAGUCCACAGAGAAAGUCCCGGACAGAGUUGGUGUGUGUGGGGAUGGAAAGGUGCAGCCUCAGCACGGAGAGGAGUGUGAUGAUGGAAACCAGAUCAUCACUGAUGCUUGUCUCGACUGUAAGUGGGCCUACUGUGGAGACGGAUACCGACAUGAAGGCAUGGAGGAGUGUGAUGGAAAGGACUUUGGUUAUCAGACCUGUAAAUCCUAUCUUCCUGGGUCCUUUGGGCAGCUCAGAUGCACAGACUCUUGCCUCAUUGAUUCCACUGGUUGCAAGUACUUCACCUGAACUGAAAAGUGGGGGAAAAAAAUGGGCAUCUCUACUUAAUUACGGGGAAUGUACUCCAGAUUUCUCCUGAAGUUUUACCCUUUAAAAGUUACCUGCUGGACUAAGAAAGAGUCCUCAAGGGAAGCUCUUGUGCCUGCUCUGAGCCAUGAAAAGUCACGGGAGUCUGCUUUGAAUGGACCCGUCUCCCUUUGAUCUUUAACUUUAGUGGACUCAGGGAGCAGCUUUAUGUAACUGUCCCUCUAUCGGCUGCAGGACUGUUACAGACACUUGUGAUGACAGGGAACCUUUAAACGAUUGUAUCAUAUUAAAUACUUACAAUGUGUAUGACUUGCUGACUGUUGAUAUAGAAAUAAGCUAUGUCCUGAUCUUAUUUUGUAAUGAGUAAGGGUAAAAGAGCCUUUUCUUAAAGAAACAAUGAUAUUGUUGAUGCUGAUUACUGUAGUAUGCAAAUCCGGGGUGUGCAAAUGUGUUUACUCCUGUGCAAGACAUGUAAAGUGCAAUGUUAUAAUAUUGCAUGAUAAUGUGUACCAGAACACAGCUAGAAACUUUAUAUUGUGCUGUAAAUGUAUAGCCUAAGUUUUCCCAAUUCAAAUGGAUGUCUAGAUAUAGCCCAGACAAAAGAUAUGUGUAAAAACUUAAACAAGAAGAAAACAACAACAAUACCCUCCAGCAGCAUGAAGAAACUGCUCAGUUAGUAAUUCAGUCAAAUAUGAUCGGUGGAUAAUCUUCCUGCAUGACUGUAAAUUUACUAAAACAUGAUACUCAAAUAAAGAUUGUAGGCCAACACA